AUGUCCGGGAGAACGAGUGCCGGUGGCAUCUCGCCAAGGAGGGUCGCUAUGCGAGGUGCUCCAGGAACGCCGGGUGCACCGUGCCCCGUCGAGGUGCUCCCGGAACGCCGGGUGCACCGUGCGCCGUCCCUCUGGAACAAUGGAGUGCCUUAA